CAGCAGGUUUCCAGGUAUUUUGCAUUAUUCGUUCAUGAAUUCUUAAUUUAUUUAUAACACAACACGCUAUUCCUAUAAACUUUUGAGUUUUGAUCAUAAAAAUAGUAAAUCAAACUAAUUCAACCUUGUAUACUUAAAUCCAGAUUUUUCCUAAACGUUUUUCAGGCAAGGCUAAAACAAAAGCAUAAAUUUCUUAUACUUGCAAAUAAAAUAAUUUUAUACCUUGCAUCAUCCUUAUUCCUUAAAUUAAAAAAAUACAGUUUAAAAACUGCUAACAGUACUACUCAAUUAAUUCAGCCACGAAUUAAUGCUAGCACAAUUAAUUUAAAUUCUAACUGAUUGGGGCUCACAUUGUUAAAUUCAAUUACAAAAUGCCUCGAAAUUUCUCGAGUAAUUGGUCCUAAAAAAUUUGGUUAAAAACUAGCUAAAAAUGGGACUGAAAUGACCUGGAUUACGUUUGGUUCUGCCAUUGAUUCUUUGCAUCAAAUUCUAUAUUUCUGAACUAUAUAUAUUUAUAGACUUUCGUGGGAAAUAGUUUGGUGGGCAUGACCUGUUAGUGAAGGAAUUUUAAAUAAAUAACGGUGAUAGCUGGACGCCUUUCUGGUAUGCAGUUUUGUCUUCAAAAUAGUUUGAAAGUUUUGGAACUUAGAACCAACUUGUAAUUUAUUAAAUACGACAAAUUUACUUCCAUAGCAACAUAUCAAUAUUAUAACAUGAAUCCACUUAACUAAGCUUGUCAGAUAUUUCAACUUCAAAAUGCGGGAAAUUUUGUUUACAUUUUGCUUAGAGUUUGUGAUAGUGUAACGUGGACGAAUCCUUGAGAUCCUAUUGGCUAAUCCAUCCGUUGUGUGACCAAAUAUGGUCAAAGCUUUGUCCUGGGAAUUAGCUAGCUGGCAAACCUAGAUUGUUCGUAUUGGGGGCGCUGUCGAGAGUUGUUAUUAACUGUACUAAAGGCGUUAAUACUCGACUAGGAUCCAAAGGUAAGUCGAUCUUCAGAAUUCAGUCUGUCUAGCUAAGAGCACAGUUCAUUGUAACAUUGUGAUGUAAAUUAUAUAUAUGUCAGUUUGCCCCACUUCAUUUUGCUUUAUGUAUUAAUGCAUCAAACGAUAUUACACAUCUAAAUUUCCACAAGUGACCGAGGACAUUGUCUUGGGCAAUCCAACUCAGCGCUUUACAUCUCAGUGUUGUAACUGGACUACGAAUUAUCUGUAUCGAGUUCGCUAAAUUCGAGGCCUUUUGAGCCUCACUGGGCUUUAUAUGCCAAAUUAUGAAUGAGUGCAAAUUUGUGGCCUAAAAUGUACAAAAGUAAUGUUUUGCGGGCUUCUAUUUAUAUAUUAAGUGGACUUGGUUUAUGUUCUAAGGCGUACAAAUGUAUAUGUGGAACAAAUAGAUAAUUAAGUCUUCCGUAUCAUCGUCGAUACAUUUGAGAACAAGUGCUAUACUCGAUGUUAGCGUCGCUCGAUCUAAAAUAUUCAUAAGUUUAAUCAUAUACCUGUUUGUUUGAGGUAUUUGAAUGGCUGCUAGUGGUUUUAACAUAUCAUUAAAAUAUUUCGGACGGGAUAACUUGUAUAAUACAAGGUGGAAUCGCUACCAUUUAUGUCCCGCCAUGUCCCAAGUACAAUUCUUCCUUUUUUAAACGUGCUGUGUGUAUCGACUAGGCAUUUACACAUAUUAGAUAGCUUCUCUUCCAAGCUGGAAAUCUACGCCUACGCGAUUGUAUGCUUCAGUGAACGGUCACAACAUGCAUUUAUAACGAGGCUUUAAUAGCGGUCUAAGUGUUUACCUUUCAUUUCCUGAUCGAGAUGCGCGCGUAUGUUUAAAUGGUUCGUUCAUUUAACGAUCUUCUAUAAUUUUACACUAUGUCCGCAGAGAACGAAUAGCAGCUUUAUGCAUACAACAAAUAAGUUCCAGUAAUAAAGACGCUCAUUGUUUUUUUUUCUGGGGAAAAGAACCGAAAACAUUAACAUCCCAGGCCAUGAAAAAAUAUCGGUGUCCGUAGCACAGCGGUAAUUUUCCCCUCUCCAGGAUUCCAUCAACAGGUUGUCUCUCGCAAAAUGCAUUUUCUCUUGUAAUUUCAUCUUUGUAUAGUAUGCGAGAGUACUUUCAGUUUGACUUUGGCAAACACCGCAGGUCCCUAUCUUUCUAUGGUAAUUCCAUACGGUUUCUAUGGUAAUUCCAUAGAGUUUCUAUAAUGUAUUCCUCUAGUAAUAUUAAGGCAGGUUUACACUAUCAAAGUUUCUGUGAUCACAGUAAGAAUUUUGCAUAGGUAAAUGCAAAGUUUUGAAGGAUUUGUAAGAAAUGUAUAUCUGAGGGGACUGAUGCAGUGUUUAACACAGAAAUUGUUGAAUGUUUUUUGUACAGAAAUUUCAAGAUGCCUUUGGUUGUUGAUCCCGCGUUUCGAAGUGUAAAAGAUAAGCCUGAUGGAACGUGUAUUUGGAGAAUUGAGGUGGGUAACAUGAAAUGCAAUUUUGAAUUAAAUUUUACACAUUUUACUGCAUUAUAGUUGGAACUUAAACUGCAAAGCUUACUAUAUGCCAAUAGACCUUAUAUGCAUAAUGACGUCACAAGGCUUGAUGCCCGCGAGGAAUGCUGGUCUUAGUAGUCAUCGUCCGGGAAAAUUAAACAAUUCAAAAUGGCCACUAUCGAAAUUUUCCCGGGCGAUGACUACUAAGACCAGCAUUCCUCGCGGGCAUCAAGCUUUGUGAUGUCAUUAUGCAUAAGGUCUAUAUUGUUUCGUACAGUCCAAUUAACUUAGAUUUUGGCUUGGUUUCACUUUCGUUAUUUUUUAAAAUUAUUUUUUAAUUUUUAAUUCUAUAGGAUUAUACGGAAGGUCUUUUGUCCCAUUUUAUUAUAAAAAAUAUUGAAAAAAAGGUCUUCCGUAUAAUCCUAUAGAAUUAAAAGUUAAAAUAAAUAAAUAAUUUUAAAAAAUAAUGGGGUGAGAGUUGUAGAAAAUUAUUAUUUUUAUUUUCUAAUACUGAUCGCCCAUUAUUUAGAUAAAUUAAGUUAAUUCCAUGCAUGUUAAAUCAGCCACAAAUAUCUAUUUGCUCAUGAUGCCAAUUGUUUUUGCAUAGCAUGCGUUCAACUUAACUGAAUUUUUAGAAAAUGCAAGUGGUUCCACUUGACAAGAAGAAGUAUGGUCAGUUCCAUUCAGGAGACUCCUACAUCCUACUUUAUGUAAGUGCUAUCUUUCCUACAAGACUCAGAAUGAGUUAAAAUACAAUAGUUUACUAUCUCAAAUGGGUCAAGUCUGUUUUGCCAGAUGUAUUUUUUGGCUUAUUCUUGGUCUUUUGUCGCUUAGAAAAAUAAAAGAGCUGGCGAAUACAAUGUCCAUUUUUGGCUUGGAAAAGAAACAUCAAGGGUAUAUAUCAUUUGCUUUAAUUCUUCUAGAAAUACGAUUGUUGAUUAGUUCAGUAUCAACUAUAAAUUAAAGACAGUUAAUAACGUAAGAUGAUGAGGUCAUCAAGAUUUUCAUACUUACAUUUUUAGGACGAGGCUGGUACAGCAGCGAUCAAGUCUGUAGAGCUUGAUGACUGUCUUGGAGGCACACCUGUACAAUACAGAGAGGUUAGGGUUAUUAUUGUAUAUAAUAUAUAGACUUGGAAUGGUUUAAUUUUCUGUUGUAGGUCAUAGCACUGGAGUAAUAAGGAAUGUCUCCCAUUGGACUCUUGUGGCUCCAUAGAGAACAUUUUAAAACUGAUUGAGCUAUUGAUCUAGUACGGAAGUAAAGUUGGUUUAGCUAAACUGUAAGGCUCCAUAGAGAACAGUUUAAAACGGAUUGAGCUAUUGAUCUAGUACAGAAGUAAAGUUGGUUUAGCUAAAUCUGUAAGGCUCCAUAGAGAACAGUUUAAAACUGAUUGAGCUAUUGAUCUAGUACGGAAGUAAAGUUGCUUUAGCUAAACUGUAAGGCUCCAUAGAGAACAGUUUAAAACUGAUUGAGCUAUUGAUCUAGUACAGAAGUAAAGUUAGUUUAGUUAAAUCUGUAACAAGCCUGUAACAUAAUCUGCUUUUCUGCAUGUAGGUACAAGAGCAUGAAAGCAAGAAAUUCCUGUCCUACUUCAAGUCAGGAAUCCAGUACAUGGAAGGUGGUGUGGCGACUGGCUUCAAGAAAGUCGAGAAAGAAAACAUUCAAAGAUUAUUGCAAGUGAAAGGAGGCUUCAAUCCACGUGUCUUUACAGUUCAGUAUUUUUUGAUUUAUUGAAAUCAGACAUAAACCUACAUUUUGGAAAUGUUAUAUCUUCUGGGUCAAUUCUAUAUCAGAUGAACAAUUUAAAUACAAUCCUAAACCUUACAGUAAUCCUUGUCCAAGUCCUCCCUCUAUAACUGUAAUCCUAUACAUGUGUUAAAUUUGCAGGUUCCCUGUGCGGUUUCCUCGAUGAAUGAAGGUGAUUGUUUCAUCCUUGAUAUUGGAGCAGAACUUAUGAUGUGGUCUGGUAAACAGGCAAGCCGUCGCGAGAAGAUCAAGGUAACUACAGAUAUAUUCUUAGGCAACCAUACCUUGGGUAUUUUAAGCAGCUCUGCAUGAGAUAUAUUCACUACAUGCAUGUUAUUCCACAGGCGGCUGAAGUUAUGAGACAAAUCAGAGACGACGAGCGAGCUGGAAGGGGUGCUCUUUUCUUCAUUGGUAAGUCUUUUGGUCUUUUCUUUAUGGAUAACUAAACUAAUUUGAUGAAGCAAAACUAUUGUAGUUAAUUGCAAGCUACAUGUAAGACGAAUACCUCCAGUUUAUACCAAACACCGCAGGGGUGCACUUAGAGUUAUCCUGUAUAAAAGUAAUUUCGUUUGGAGUAACACUAGACCAAUAGAAAUGACUCUUAUUGGACCUCUAGGGAGAAUAGUUUAGAACUGAUAGAGCUAUCCAGUGUAAAUAAAGUCAGUUUAGUUUAAGUUUCUUAUGUACAGCACUUCAACAAGGUAUGGUAGUUACUGGACAUCUAUAGGAAGAACAGUUUAGAUAUGUUAUCGAAUGAACUAGAUUGAGUUCUGAAAUAUCACCUACUCCAGCCGACUUGACCUCGUAGCUCAGUUGGUAGAGUAUUGGACUGGCAAACCAUACUUAAACGCCUGUGUUCUAAAAGCUCACUCACGCUCACACUCAAAUAGUGGAAGUUCAAUCUAAGCUUCCCUUGAGUGUCUUGAAUAGCUGGAGGGUUAGUGUCGUACCUUGCUAUGAGACUACUCACCCUGCAGCUAUUCAAAAACAGCACUGACACUCAAGGGAAGCUCAGAUUGAACCUCCACUCUUUGAGUUUGAGCGUAAGUGAGCUUUUAGAAUACAGGCGUAAGUAAUAAUAGUUUAGGUUAGCAUAAACCAUUGAUGGGCGUAAACUCAACCUGAAAUGACUCCAAAAUAUUUCUGACAACAGAAUCAGGCGAAGACUCUCCAAGUGCACUCAAAUUCUUUGAGAACGUUGGCAACGCAGAUGAGGUCAAGGACGCAAAAGACGGUGGUUCAGAUAAGGCAGCUGAAAACGCACCAGUUGGUCUGUACAGGUACGAACAGUGGGUAGUCGUGGAACGCUUACAAGAAAGGGGGCGGAGCAGCUAUCAAAGAAGGAGAAGUGACAAGGCAUGGUUUACAUUUCUUCAAUUCGUGCUUUCCAUCUAGAUGGAAGGAUUUAACUUGCAGUUAGAGAUUCCGACGUAGCGAAGUUGUUUCAUGUUAGAGCCAGAUAAAUUAUCUAUGGUAGGAUCAGAGUGAUCAAACUUUCAUUCUUUCUUUCUUUCUUGUGUAGGGUGACAGAUUCUGGUGGCGAUGGUAAAGUGGUUAUGUCCAAAGUCUCAAAUGCCCCACUUGAACAAAAAAUGCUUGACACAAAGGUACCAGUGACUGCUAUAAAACAUCUUUUUCAUAAAACUGUUACUUAGAGUGUAUGUUUUUGUUGGGUUUUUAUGGAAUAUUAUAAAUGUAAUAAUGUCUAGUAUAUGCAUGAUAUUUACUAUAGUUUAGUUAAUUGUUAUUCUUCUGCUUAGCUUAAAUUUCUACACGGCCUUAUGAAAAGCAACCAUUUUAAUUAUUUGAAACUUUAUCAGAAAACUCUAUAUAUUUUUAGUAGAAACAGGUUGAUAAGCUACCGUGUAUAAAUAUUUUUAAAUAAUAAUAAUAAAAACAAUAAUGGCUACCACGUAAACUUAUAGAAAAACUUAUAACGAGUGACGUUUUCAUCGAAAUCGACGUCGCGCGUACAUCAGCAGUUCGUGCUUGAAAUAGAGAAUUAGAUCUACAAAACAUUCCAGACUCAAAAGCAAAGACACAAUUUUGCUUGAAAAGACACAGUCUCGAAAAGCUUGAUGAUGCAUCAUUAUCACAUAAAUAAUGUGAUUCACCCUUAAAAUUACUUCAUUGGAAUAUCGUAUAGGGAUAGCGCCCAUUUCUGCCAGAGAGCCUAUAUAUAUAGUUGCACUUUUUCACAACUGCUCCCGUUAGGUCUAUACUAAAUAUAUAAAAUUACACUCGAGAUUUCCAUCUACAAGACCCUACAUUAAGGCCAUGUUACACGGUGCAAUUUUUCUUGCAACUUGCAAUGCAAUUCUACUCUUGAGAGAUGUUAAUUAGUGAAAUCAGUGAAGAAUUUUCGAUAUGUUGAGAAAACAUCAGCGGAGUGUAAUGAAGACUCGUAUUUGGCAAUUUUACAUCUCUCAAGAGUAGAAUUGCAUUGCAAGUUGCAAGAAAAAUUGAAAGAUCCUUUAAUUAAGGAUCUGUAUUUCUUUGUUCUGUGAUAUGAGCUAGUGUUCUUGUCUUCUUCGUAUAUUACACCACAAAAUAAUAACCUUACAUCUUCAUUUGUUGCAGGACUGCUUCAUUCUGGAUACCGGAGCAAGUGGUGUAUUUGUUUGGGUUGGAAAACAGGCAACCAGAGACGAGAGAGGCAGUUCUAUGGUGAAAGCGGAAGGUUUCUUGGCUGCAAAAGGUCACGCUGACUGGACUCCUAUCACUCGAGUUAUCGAAGGUGCUGAGACACCAUUGUUUAAAUCCGCAUUUGCCAAAUGGAACUAUGAAUUACCGAAGAGCCCUGUAGCAACGAGUGGUAAGUAUAAUCAGACAGUACUGCUACUAACGAUUCCGAACAAACUAACAAACUCACGCAGCGAAUAUAAAGCAAUGCUCUGUUCGUUUGGGCACUGCAAUUUAUCAUUUGUAUGACACAAUGGGCCAUUAGUCCAAUGUUAUAAAUAUGUCAAACCUCAGGAUCCAGGAUCGCACUUUUUUCCGGGUGAGACGAUGUGAAUAGUACCAGUCCUUGCUUAAAUACUAAAGUAAGUCAAAACAAUGAAAAAGGCAAUGAAACAUUCCGUUCACUGACGAAUCAUGACUGGAUAGCAGGGUUGUUAUGUUAUGCGUUGUGCAAAGGGCUCACUGCAACCCAGACAUGCUUAUCAAACAUAUCAAUAGGCAAUUCUGGGCCUAUUGUACGAGCUGAAAUAGUAUGAAUACGUGUGCUGCGUAUAAAUCAUUGUUAACUGAUUGCAUAUACACGGCUCUAUCGACGCUCCAUUACAUCUAACAUACUGUGAUUUUCACCAAAACUUUACCUAGCCCGUGGUAGCAGCAGAGAAGUGAAAACAUUUGACGUGAAAAGUAUGCACGUUAGCCAGCGCAGUGAAGUGUCGCACAUGCCUGAUGACGCACGAGGUAGCGUACAGAUAUGGAGAGUUGAAGAUUAUGAACUGGUGGACUGGCCAAAGAGCAGAUAUGGUAUCUUCUUCCAAGGAGACAGCUACGUUAUCUUAUACACAUACGGCAAACAGAAUGACAAGUAUAUCAUCUACUAUUGGUUGGUGAGUUUGGUUCAGUAUUUACACAUGAAUAUUAUACUAAUACCAUACCAUACCAUACCAUACCAUACCAUACCAUACCAAAUACCAUACCAAAUACCAUACCAAAUACCAUACCAAAAACCAUACCAAAUACCAUACCAAAUACCAUAACAAAUACCAUAACAAAUACCAUAACAAAUACCAUAACAAAUACCAUACCGUACUGUACCAUACCAUACCAUACCAUGCACCAUGCUAUCCCAUGCCAUGCUAUGCCAUGCCAAUACCAUGUCAAAUAAUUAUACGCAAUUCCAUACAAUAGCAUACAAUGUAAAGCAAUGCAAUACAAUAGAGUAUACAAAAGAAUAGAAAAGAUGAAAGUUGGUAUAUUGACUGUGCAAAAUAAUACAAUGCAAUGGAAUACAAUACACCAUGAUGCAAUGCAACGAUGAUCUACAUUAGUUCUGAACCAAAUACUCAUCUUCUCCAGGGUCUUGAAAGCACACAAGAUGAACAGGGAGCAGCAGCAUUAUUGAGUACGAAACUGGAUGACAAGUUCGGUGGAGAACCUGUGCAACAACGAGUAGUCCAAGGACAAGAACCAGAACACUUCUUACGCAUGCUCAAAGGAAAAAUGAUCGUGAAGCGUGGCGGGCGAUCAAAGGGCGCCACGACUGUAAACGAAGCCGAAGAACAAGGCGGCAAUGUUCAUUUGUAUAAAGUGCGCGGAACUAACGAAUGGAAUGUGCGCUGUAUACAAGUUGAUUUGACCGCGACGUCUUUAAAUAGCAACGAUGCGUUCAUCUUAGUUACAGCUCGUGGAUCUUUCGUGUGGUGCGGGAAGCGCGCGAGUGGUGACGAACGGGAAUACGCGAAAGCAGCAACACAGAUGAUCUCUGAAUCGGCGAAACGAUACGAACUCGUGAUGGAAGGCCAAGAACCUCAAGCAUUCUGGGAUGCAUUGGGCGGUAAGAAGGAAUACGUGUCCGCACCCAAAGAGGACAACACCAUGGACGUCCGACCACCUCGUCUCUUCCACUGCUCCAAUGACAAAGGAUAUUUCUACGCUGAAGAAGUGUUUGACUUCACUCAGAAUGAUCUUGAGGAAGACGAUGUGAUGAUCUUAGAUACGUUCAAAGAUGUCUUCCUCUGGCUUGGCAAAGACUGUAAUGCCGUCGAGAAGAAAGAAGGCUUGCUGACCCUGCAGGUAUUUAGUUCAGUCUUACGCAAGUCAACCUAACACUUUGUCACCUAUCUAGCCCUUAUCAUCCUCAUUAUCCUAAAUUAUUUUUUGUGAACUUACAUUUCUGAGAGAUGUAAUAUUUUGGCUUCAUUGUCAUGCUAAUCAGAAUGCAAUGUUUCAUACCUGAAUAUCAUUUAACUCGAUCUCGAAAGUGUAAAUAAAUGUUGAAAUGGCCAAUUUGCAUACCAAGUGAAGUUGGUAUAUUGACUAUCCAAUUUUAACACAAUAGCCAUUCUUGUCCAAGCCAAUCACUCAUUGAGUGGACGUAAAUCAUAUUCAAAUUUUCUCAAAAUCUAUUCCAAUCCACACGCCACAUGAUUCGCUGUCUAAAUCCCCAUGACAGUCGUAAGCAGCUAGUCAGGCAAGACAGCUAAACUACUCUUGUGUUUGUCAAUCUAGAAAUAUGUUGAGAGCUCUAAUGAUGGUCGUCCAGCAGGGAGAGUGAAUAUGCUGGUGGUGAAACAAGGUCAUGAACCUAUUGGCUUCACCAGCUGGUUCCCAUCGUGGAGCGCUGAAAAAGCUGCACAAGGAAAGAGUUUUGAACAACUUAAACAAGAGCUCAGUGCCGGUGGUGGAGUGACAAGUGUAGAUGAUGUACGUAGACUAGAAAUGCAUGAGAUGUUAAUCCCAGUACAGUAUCUGCUUAAUCAUUCAAAAGCAUAUGAUAUAGUACCACCAUGCAUCUAGUACACCAUGAUAGUACCCCCCAUCUGGUGUAGCAAAUUAACGUAUGAACUGUACCUCUAUAUUUAGGCACUCAAGGUCUACAACAAGAAAUACUCGCUGGCUGAGUUACAGGAAAAUCCCCCACCAGAAGGUGUCGAUCCUUGUCAUAAAGAGGUAACAACAAUAAGGCGACUCUUUCUGAAGAUAAAGAGUUCGUCAAUUAGAGAACAGAUUAGGUUCAUUAGAGAACAGGUUAGGUUCAUUAGAGCACAUAAUUAAGUUCAUUAAAGGCCAGACAAGAUUCAUUAGAGAACAGAUUAGGUUCAUUAGAGAACAGAUCAGUUUCAUUAGAACACAGAAAUAGGUUCAUCAGUGACUAAGUUCAUCAGUGAUUAUUAAAGCAGAUAUUUAUAAGUGCCUUUGAACUUCACCUCACUUUUUCACCUUGCCUAGGCUCACUCAAGUUGAACACUGAUUUAGUUCAUAAAGUUAAUAACUGGGUUCAAUAAAGCACAAAAUGGGUUCAUAUAGAACACAUGUGUUAGUGAACUAGGAGCGUCUUCGUAUCGGUGCCUUCACACUUCGUGGACCAUGGUAUUACCUAUUCAGCAUAUUCAUUUAUUGAUUUGUUUUAGCGUUACCUACACGAAAGUGAAUUUGAAAGUGUUUUUAAAAUUACCAUCGAAGCAUUCAACAAACUAUCAACCUGGAAGCAAGGAGAGGCAAAGAAGAAUGUUGGAUUAUUUUAACUGGCAGACAGUGAAUGAACAAUGAAUAAUUUCUGUGUAGCUAGAAUAUAAUAUAUUGUUGUUAGGUUUGAAUUUUCUGCAGUCUAGUAUGGUUUAUGUAAAUUUUGGAUGUCUUGAAUUACCAUAGAAAACAACUUCGGGACAGCCAUAUUUUAAUUGGUAUUGAAAUUGGUGCAGUUAACGUGUAAUACUUUAAUUUGUCGUGAUGAGAUGUGGCGGCCAUGUUUGGGGAAGCAAAUCUAACAAGAUUAAUUAAGGGUCUUUAAUUAGCGACUUUUGUACUUGAAGAAUACAUGUUUACCUCAAGCAUGGCCGCUGUAUCGUUGUUUGUUAAAUCUCAAAAGAUUGAUUGCAACCCACUAAUAGUUGUGUUUUUUUCGCUUGUAAUAUUCUUAUACGCAUUUGUUGUUUACGUGUGUUUAUGUCCUUUUUCAUCUUUGAAAUAUACGUGUUAUUUUGACUUGUGUAUCUUUGAUUCAAUCACUUUAUUGCCAAGCGAAUGUAAUGGUUGUAUUCGAUUGAAUGGCCACAAUUAAAAACAUGUACUACCUCUG